AUGGACGUUGAAAGUAGAGAUUCAUUAUCAAGGAAAUCAUCUGUCACCAUGGAUGAGCCCCCAGUUUCAAAGUUUUCCAAAGUCAAAGACGUCUUCUUGCUUAAGAAGAUGUUUGCUAAGAAUGAAGAAAGACCAACACCAAAGGACGUUUAUAACUUAAGAAUUUAUGGUACUGCUUUCAUGGCAUCAUUUGCUGCUAUCAUAAUUGGGUAUGACUCGGCUUUCAUUGGAGGAACCAUGGCAUUAGAUAGUUUUAAAUCGGAAUUUGGAUUAGAUAAAAUGACUAAAACUCAUGAAAACUAUGUCAUUUCUAAUAUCAUUUCAUCAUUCCAUGCCGCUUGUUUCUUUGGUGCCUUGAUAUCAUAUCCUUUCUCACAUUAUUAUGGUAGAAGAAUUACAUUAAUCAUUGCUUCGUUUUUAGUGACACUUGGUUCAGGAGUGAUGUUGGCUGCAAAUUCAUCUGUGGGUUUAGGUCCUUUAUAUGCUGGGAGAGUACUUGCAGGAUUAGCUGUGGGAUUUUCCACUAACAUUACUGUGGUUUAUUUGAGUGAGAUCGGUCCCCCAUCUAUCAGAGGUAUGAUCAUAUCCUUCUAUGAAAUUAGUUGGAGAAUUGGAGAUUUAACAGGGUUUUGGAUCAAUUAUGGAGUUGACUCCCAUAUAAGUCCAUCCAGAAAACAAUGGUUAAUUCCUUUUGCUAUCCAAAUGAUCCCAAGUGCUAUGUUUUUGAUGGGGAGUUUCUUAAUGAAGGAGAGUCCUCGUUGGUUAUACAGUGUAGGUAAAGAUGAACGUGCUUUAAAGAAUUUACUUUGGUUCAGAAAAUUGACUCCGGAUAACGAAUACAUCAUUUUUGAAGUCAACCAAAUCAAACAAAGUAUUGAUUACCAAAAACAUCAUGUUGGUUUGGGUCUCUUGGACCCUUUCAAGCAAGUAUUUAUCAAAGACCACCAUGUUUUGAAGAGAUUAUUCAUGACUUGUUCACUUUUUUUGUUCCAAAAUUUCUUGGGGAUCCAAUCCAUCAAUUACUAUUCCCCAAUCAUUUUUGAAAACUUAGGAGUGAAAGGAACCAAUGCUACAUUGUUCUCCACCGGUAUGUUUGGGGUGGUCAAGUUCAUAUGUACCUUCAUUUAUAUAUUGUUCAUUGUUGAUAACCUUGGAAGAAGAAAAGCAUUGAUGAUAUCUUCAUCUAUUUGUUCUAUUUGUUUUUGGUAUAUUGGUGCAUAUUUGAAAAUCAAUGAUCCUACUCAACCAGGUGUUGAGGCAGGCCCUGGAGGCACUGCUGCCAUUGCUAUGAUGUAUAUCUGGAUUGCAAGCUUCAUUUCAGCUUGGAGCUCAACCCCAUUUGUUAUCGGUGCUGAGGUCUUUGAUCAAAAUAUUAGAUCGUUUGUUCAAUCCAUCAACGCUGCCAUCUCAUGGGUUCCCAUCUUUAUUAUGUCCCGUUAUACUACCAACAUGAUAAAUUCAAUGGGAUAUGGAGUUUAUUUCUUCUUCGCAAGCAUAGCUGUCAUAUCUGUACCGUUUGUAUUUUUCUUAAUCCCAGAGACUAAAGGUAUAGCUUUGGAAGACAUGGACCAAUUAUUCGAUUCGAGAAUCCCAGCUUAUAAAGCUCAUAGUAUUGUUUUUAAUGCAAAAGCCAAGGACAACAAAGAAUUAAUGAACCACAAGGGAUUAUAUGAGAUAAGUUCAAGGAAAUCCAAUGAGAUUCAAAAUGUAGAAAAUGUUUAG